UGUGCACUCAUGCUCCAGUCUAUACGCGGUGCAUUACGCAGCUGUGGAUCAAGGCGCAGGUCAGUGAGUGAGCAGCUCUGCUCUGCUCUGCUCUGCUCUGCUCUUCAUUCCUCUCAAGUUUAAACUGCUGAAAGAGGACACUUGGAUGUUACCGAUUUAGACAUUUUGCUUCAGUCAAUCAGCCAAAGUGUGAUCGAUGUCUCUGAAUGAGAGAUAAGCAAAGAAGACUGUAGUCUUUGGAAGAACAUCCGAUUCAGGAAUCUGGAACAUACAAAGUCGAUAGCGAGUGUGACCGGAGGAGCCUGUGUGAUAUCCCUGGCUUUAAUGAUAGCGCAGUUGAUUGAGUGGUGCUGCUUAGUGCUGCCGUAUCAGGUUGCUUCACAAUUGUUCGCAUCAGCUUGAACCCCCUCAAUCGAACAGGAACCUGUAAGCAAGCUCUCCAGCAGUGAUGUCUAAGACACCAAGAUCUUCUUCCAGAACUUACUCACGAUCAGCCUCCAGGUCAAGAUCAGGUUCUGACUCUCGCUCCCGCUCCAGGUCUCGAAGCAGCUCGCAGUCUCGUUCGAGGAAGCACCGCUAUGGCUCUAGAUCUCGCUCUCGGUCCAGAUCCCACUCUCCAUUCCAUAACCGGGGACGGAAACAUCCACGGGAAUAUCAGAACCAUCGGGAGUUCAGAGGUUACCACAGAGGCUUCCGGAGGCCUUAUUACUUCCGGGGUAGAGGACGAGGCUUCUUCCGUGGCCGAUUUCAGCGUGGUGGAGGUGGAUACAAUAAUUAUAGAUCAAACAACUGGCAAAACUUUGUCCAGCAUCCGCAGCAAAAGCAGCAGAAACAGCAGAAGCAGCAGCCGCAGCACCAGCACCAGCACCAGCACCAGCACCAGCAAAAGCAGCACACUCACAGCCCCAAGAGGGGACGCUCUCACACCCCCAAGAAACGUUCAAACAGCCCGCAAUCCCUAAGUCAUUCGCACCGCUCUGACAGAUCUGCGUCACUGCAUUCACACCACUCUUCUUCCUCCAGCUCAUCCCAACAGAUAACUGCUUCAGUUAAGCAGAAUUCUAAGGCUGGAAUAGAGGUUCUCUCUGCACCUAAGGAAAGCCAGAAAGCUGGAGGAGGAGAUGCUACACUGUCAGUGCAAGGAGCGCAACACCCAGAGGUGGAUGGAAGUACAAGCGGAGAGAAGACCCCUAAAACAUGGCUGUUUCCAAUAAAUCAUGACAGCAGCACAAAGAGGGACAGUCCACAUAUUCAGUCUGCUGUCAGUGCCGUCCAGGACGAUCCAGCCUCCACUGAAUCAGGUCCUGUGCCUGGAAAUUCAGGAGCAACUAGCAAUGGUGCCACCUACAGCCAGACUGUUGCUUCUACUCCCUCUAACAGUAGCCCUCAAAAGAAAAGUCCCACUACAGUUUUCUCAGGCUUUGGGCUUUUUUCAAAUGCUGACCAGGAAGAGGAUACGGUUGCCAUCUCUAUAGCUUUUAAAAAAUUCUUAGAGGAGCAGAGGAAUAAAAAGCAGGCUCUUGCAGAUAAAAGCAUGGAGAAUGUGGCAGACAAUGGAAAUGCAUGUCCUGAAAAUAGAAAUAGCAAAUGUGAAGGCACUUUUGAUCGUCUGUCUGGUCCAAAACUGUCCAGGCCUGCAGAACAAAACAACAAAAAGGAGAGUGAAAAGUACAAAUACGUAGACAAUUUCAAGGGGAACACAUCAUCCAAUAGUUUCAGGCCAGCAAUCCUCUCUGAAGAGGGGGAGGAGGAAGAGGAUGAGGACACUGAACCCCAUCUACAGAUGAGGGUUUUGGAGAAUGAAGUUCCUAACCGUAAAAGCAAAGUCGCAAUGUCGGCUCGUGAACUGUUUGAGGAACAUCUCAGGAGGUUGGAUGACAGAGCAUGGGAUGAUGAGCUUGAAGCCUUUCUAAUAAACCGAGAGAAGGAGAGGGCUGCAAGCAUUCUAUCUGCUCUGUCUAAGAGGGAGAAGUUUGCACGUAAGUUUGAGGACCUUUCCCCUGAAAGACCCUCAAAAGUGAAACGAAAGGACAAAAUGACAUUGAGUCCCUCUCCCACAUACAAAGCUCCUUCACGAAGGAGCAAUGAGUCCCAAGAACCAGAGAUGUUCAUGAAUUUGGGUGAUGAAUCCUCACCCAGGGCUUCAGGGAAAAGAGAAAGAGAGUUUAGUCUGAGGAUGGAUUCUCUUAGUGAAGAUCUGGCAAGAUCAUCUGUUUUGCCUAAUGAUUGGAGGAAUACUAUGGAUCUUACGCAUAGCGAUAAAAAGGGACUUCAGCACCGUUGGUGUAAUAAUUUAUGCAGGAGCACAACAGAGCUGUUUGCACAGCAUGUCAUUUCAAUUGUCCAUUACGUCACAGCGCAACAUUUCUCUUCUUCUGGAAUGACUCUAAGCGAUCGGUUUACCAUGUACCAAAGACUAGCAGCUGAGAAAGAAAUCAUGAAGCCAAGAAAGAGUCCAGAGAUACACAGGAGAAUUGAUGUUUCUCCCAGUGCUUUUAUGAGGCACUCAUUCCUGUUUGAUGAGUUGAAAGGCUCCGGGGAUAGCAGCUCCAAGGCUGAAGGUAAACACUUUAAAGGAGAUACAAUGGAUCUUCCAAUGAAUGUUGAGCAGCGCAAAAAAUAUUCAAGCCGAGAGACAAAUGAGAAACAGGAAGAGCGAGGGGAAUUACGGCAAGCUCCCGAAUCAAGCAUGGAAAGCUCAACUGAGAAAUCAUCCAUACGCCACAAAAAAUCUAAAAAGAGCAAGAAAAAACGCGAACGUUCUCAUUCCUCCUCCUCCUCUUCUUUUGUUCCUGAGGAGGAAACAGAUUCUACAGAGAAAAGCUCGGCCCAGCUACAGGUCAGAGAAUGUGUUGGAUCCGCAGAGACGGGACAGGCACAUAGAGGAUUUCAUUUCCAAAUACGAGGUAGGGGUUGGAACAGAGUGAAUUGCCUUGGAAAAGAUAGCAAGUGCAAUAGCAGUGCUCAUGUGCCAGGUCAUUCCAACAACAUGGACUGGGAUUCAGAGCAAAUGGCCAAAAGCAAGAAAUACUACUUGCUAGAUGAAAAGGAUGUUGAAGGUGAGAGGAAGUGGGUGAAUACCCAAGAGCGUGGCCAGUGUGCCAUUCCUCGUGUCAAAGGUCGUUUCAUCUUAAGGAGGCCCACCAUUUCCAUCACCACUAAUAACUCUAACUGGAGCCAUGACAAGCUCAAGGCCAGUGGUGAUGAUGGUGAACCAGGCAACAGGGACCACAAGGAGCAAAACAGUGUGUGAGUCAUUGCCGAGGCAGCAGGGGCUAGUGAAGAAUAACUGGCAGCUUUCGCACACUGCCUAACCCCAGGUGGGCAGGACUCUCAACCCUAUCCUGUGUUGGUGGACGAGAGCAGGGAACUGAAUCCUCAUACACCAACGUUAGCAGUUGCACUUAUCAACAGGGGUCUAGUACAUCUAAGUCUACUUCAUAGGAGACCAUUAGAAGCCCAGCUAUUUCUUUUACUGGAGAUAUUCUUAACCCAUUUUUUUUAAAAGCCUUUUAGCACUUUUUAUGAAUUUUUGUGCACCUGUGAUUGUUGAUUUUCAUGCAAUAACUCGACAAUGAUCUUUAAAGCAUUAUAACAUAUAAUAGGUACCUUCAGACCUGGAUAUGCUGAUCUGAUUUUGCUUAAUAAUAAUGUAAUAAUUUGGUGUUGAUAUAAAGUAAACUCUCACUGGACUCGUACCAUAUACCACACCAGGGUUUUCCGUUGGACAGAGGUCUGUUCUGACUUCCCAUCAUGAACUCCUGUCAGCUCGAACAUAGAUUCAUAUGGAUCUAUUAUGGCAGUAAACAAAAUUCUGAAAAUUAUCACUGUUUGUCAUGUAUAAUGACCAUUGCAUUUCAUUUUCUGUUGUGAUGCAUAUUUUUCAUGACACUAAAUUUUUUCUAAAGAUUUUCUCACCAUGUUGACCAUGUCUCCUUGUCCUUGUAUGUCAGUGCUGUGUAUUUAUAGCUGAUGGAUUUCUCAGCAGUUUGCUAAUUGUUCAUGCAAUAAAUAUCUGCAGUACUUUAUCAGA